GCUCCGUCACUAUAUUCUUUUCAUUGACUAUUUUUAACUUAAAAAUCAAUUUUACACAUCAUUGUUUCCGUUUAUAUAACGCGUGAAUAUAUCCUCUAUUGUAUUCUACAACAAAAACAAUCAGAGCGCCUCGCUAUCACUAGUUUUAUUUUGAUCUCCCGGGUCCGCUAUUAGCUUUUAGCCAGUUAGCAUCAGCAAGCGUGGUUGCUGCUAACUGCGCUUACAUUGCUAAUACUCUAUUCUCACACAUUACCACUGCUGUACUCACUGUUACUUGCUUUAAUGGCGGAUGAAUGUCUCCACUCUUUGCAGCUCGAGCUCGAGGCCGUGGGGAAGCAGAUUCGCGACCUGGAACAGAAGCAGGCCCAGCUGAGAGAGCGGAGAGCCGCGCUGGAAUCAUCCCGGGCUGACGCUCACAAGUCCGGGGUAAGUAUACAGCGUGCUGUUAACAGUCCCACCACGUCUACUCCGUGUGUUUCUCUGCGCAGGCCUGGUGCACCCAGGACGCGAUCUUCCCAGAUGUCCUUCACUGCGACGCCGGGACACCACGGACCCUGGGUGCAUCCACAGCGGAGGACGCGAGCUGGGUCCCGGGCGACGACUUCUCCCCCUCCUGCCUUCGAGAUCUCCAUCCAGAACCGCUUCGCUCCCCUCCGCGAGACAGGACGCGACGCUGUGAUCAUCGGAGACUCCAUCGUCCGACACAUACCCGCGAUCCUGAAGGACGGCGAGAGCCCCAGAGCGGUCGUGCUUCACGCCGGGGUUAACGACACCACGCUGCGGCAGACGGAGACGCUGAAGAGGGACUUCAGGAGCCUGAUCGAGACGGUUCGCAGCACGACGCCCGCGGCGACGAUCGUCGUGUCAGGACCACUGCCCACGUAUCGACGAGGACACGAAAGGUUCAGUAGACUUUUUGCUUUAAAUGAAUGGUUGUUGUCAUGGUGUAAAGAACAGAAACUGCUAUUUGUUAAUAACUGGAAUCUUUUCUGGGAGCGUCCUAGACUGUUUCGCGCUGAUGGAUUACACCCCAGCAAAAUUGGAGCGGAGCUUCUCUCUGACAACAUCUCCAGGACACUUCGCUCCAUGUGACUAGUAAGACAAUUCUCAAAUAACCAUUAUGAUGAGUUUUGUUCUAACCGCUUAAAUGCUAAAGGUACUUGUGCUGUAAAACCUAUUAAGACUGUGUCUGUUCCCCGAAUAGUGAGGUCAAAAUAUAAAUAUAAUGUAGGAUCUAGAAAAAAUCUUAUCGUAAUUAAACCAGAAAAAUGUAAAGUAAAUGAACAAAAACAAUUUUUAAAGUUUGGGCUCAUAAAUAUUAGAUCACUCGCACCAAAAGCAGUUAUUGUAAAUGAAAUGAUCACAGAUAAUAGUUUUGAUUUACUCUGCUUGACUGAAACCUGGCUAAAACCAAAUGAUUAUUUUGGUCUAAAUGAGUCUACUCCACCAAACUACUGUUAUAAGCAUGAGCCCCGUCAGACUGGUCGUGGCGGGGGUGUUGCAACAAUAUAUAGUGAUAUUCUCAAUGUUACCCAGAAAACAGGAUACAGGUUUAACUCUUUUGAAAUACUUCUGCUAAAUGUUACUCUGUCAGACAUGCAAAAGAAAUCUAAUGUAUCUCUUGCUCUGGCUACUGUGUAUAGACCACCAGGGCCGUAUACAGAAUUCCUAAAAUAAUUUGCAGAUUUCCUCUCAGACCUUCUAGUUACAGUUGAUAAGGCGCUAAUCAUGGGAGAUUUUAAUAUUCACGUUGAUAAUGCAAAUGAUACAUUAGGACCUGCGUUUACUGACCUAAUAAACUCCUUUGGAGUCAAGCAAAAUGUCACCGGGCCCACUCAUCGUUUUAAUCAUACACUAGAUUUAAUUAUAUCGCAUGGAAUCGAUCUUACUGCUAUAGAUAUUGUACCUCAAAGUGAUGAUAUUACAGACCAUUUCCUUGUAUCGUGCAUGCUGCGUAUAACUGAUAUUAACUAUAUGUCGCAGCGUUACCGUCUGGGCAGAACUAUUGUUCCAGCCACCAAAGAAAGAUUCGCAAAUAACCUGCCUGAUCUAUCUCAACUGCUAAUUGUACCCAAAAAUACACACGAAUUAGACGAAAUUACUGACAACAUGGGCACUAUUUUCUCUAAUACAUUAGAAGCUGUUGCCCCAAUCAAAUUGAAAAAAGUUAGAGAAAAACGUACUGUACCAUGGUAUAACAGUAAUACUCUCUCUCUCAAGAAAUUAACUCGUAGUCUUGAACGCAAAUGGAGAAAAACUAACUUAGAAGUUUUUAGAACUGCAUGGAAAAACAGUAUGUCCAGCUAUAGACAGGCUCUAAAAACUGCUAGGGCAGAGCAUAUACACAAACUCAUUGAAAAUAACCAAAACAAUCUAAGGUUUUUAUUUAGCACAG